AUGCUGGUGCACACUUACUCCGCCAUGGAGCGCCCCGACGGGCUGGGCGCAGCGGCUGGCGGGACCCGCCUGUCGUCUCUGCCCCAGGCAGCCUACGGACCCGCGCCGCCACUGUGCCACACGCCCGCCGCCUCUGCCGCCGCGGACUUUCAGCCUCCCUACUUCCCGCCGCCCUACCCGCAGCCGCCGCUGCCCUACGGCCAGGGCCCCGACGCCACCGCCGCCUUUCCGCACCUGGCCGCGGACCCUUACGGCGGCCUAGCGCCCCUGGCACAGCCGCAGCCCCCGCAGGCCGCCUGGGCCGCGCCCCGCCCUGCCACCCGCGCCCACGACGAGCCGCCCAGCUUGCUGGCGCCACCCGCCCGCGCUCUGGGCCUCGACCCGCGUCGGGACUACGCUGCCGCGGUGCCCCGGCUCCUGCACAGCCUGGCCGACGGCGCGCACGGCCUGGCAGAUGCUCCCCUUGGUCUUCCAGGGCUAGCGGCGCCCCCCGGCCUGGAGGAACUGCAGGCGAUAGAUGACCCGGGAAUGAGCCUCCUGGACCAAUCCGUGAUCAAGAAAGUCCCCAUCCCCUCCAAAGCCGGCAGCCUCUCCGCCCUCUCAUUGGCCAAAGACAGCCUGGUUGGCGGCAUCAGCAACCCCAGUGAGGUCUUCUGCUCUGUGCCUGGCCGCCUGUCAUUGCUCAGCUCAACGUCCAAGUACAAGGUGACCGUGGGGGAGGUGCAGCGGCGACUCUCACCUCCGGAGUGCCUCAACGCCUCCCUCCUGGGGGGUGUCCUCCGAAGGGCAAAGUCCAAGAACGGGGGCCGGUGUCUGCGGGAACGGCUGGAGAAGAUUGGGCUCAACCUGCCAGCUGGUCGUCGGAAGGCAGCCAAUGUGACUCUGCUGACCUCAUUGGUGGAGGGAGAAGCCGUGCACCUGGCUCGGGACUUUGGUUAUGUUUGUGAGACGGAGUUUCCAGCCAAGGCAGCUGCUGAGUACCUAUGCCGACAGCACGCUGACCCUGGAGAACUGCACAGCCGCAAGAGCAUGCUGCUGGCUGCCAAGCAGAUCUGCAAGGAGUUUGCAGACUUGAUGGCUCAGGACCGCUCCCCGCUGGGCAACAGCCGCCCAGCCCUCAUCCUGGAGCCCGGGGUCCAGAGUUGCCUGACACACUUCAGCCUCAUCACUCACGGCUUCGGCGGGCCUGCCAUCUGCGCGGCUCUCACCGCCUUCCAGAACUACCUGCUAGAGUCGCUCAAAGGACUGGACAAGAUGUUUCUGAGCAGUACGGGCGGUGGGCACGGAGAGACCAAGGCCUCAGAGAAGGAUGCCAAGCACCGGAAGUAACUCUCACUCUGUAGCUAAGUGACUCCCAAUGCCUGAGAUGAGGCCCUGGCAGCUGCGGGUGGCCCAGAGAGAACUAAAAGGUGGGAUUCCAUUCAGGUCAGAGAGAGAACAUUCAUGCAGAAGCCCAGAGUGGAACCUGCUUGGGUCAGGAAGGAGGUUUCUGGUAAGGCUCCGACAGGAAACUGUCAUGGAAAAGUCUGGUUCAUGGGUCAGAGCCCUUCCCACUGAGACGCCUGGGCGGCGGUGGGCGCCCCAAGGGGACGCCAUUAACAAACCCCAGGUGCUACUGAGUAAGAGUUAGUGACCUUCACUCCAGAAUUCCCUAACCCCAGAACGUGGGGGCUAGCAGGAGGUCCGAGGGGGUUCAUUGGAUCCUUCCUGCUCUUGGAGAAGAGUGGGCGGGAGAUGCCCCUGAGGAAUAAAGAUGGUACAGCACAAAUCCCAGAACUUGAACCCAGGCUGCACACCACAGACUUGUUGCUGUCUGCCCUAUUUAUUUAUGUACAAUGUAAUUAAAUUUGAAAAUUUGAAAUUGUC